AUGGGUGAUACAAAUGUAUCAAGUUUUGAAGCAAACACAAUGCCUUCAGUCAGUAAAACACCAGUUUCUACAGCAAUGGCUACUAUAGAAAAGCCUGUAAAGUUUACUGAAGAAGGAACUUCUGACAAUGAAAAAUUUAUUGUGACUGAGGCAUGGAUAUAUUCUGAUUUCCUUUGCAAGAACUACAUACUCAAUGGAUUGGAAGAUGGCUUGUAUAACGUCUUCAGUGUUUGUAAAACCUUUAAAGAACUCUGGUAUGUUCUUGAAAAGAAAUACAAAACUGAAGAUGCAGGCUUAAAGAAGUUUGUCGCUACAAAAUUUUUGAACUAUAAGAUAGUUGAUAGCAAGAAUGUCAUGUCUCAAGUUCAAGAAUUACAAGUCAUUAUUCAUGAUCUCCUGGUAGAAGAUAUGGUCAUAAAUGAGAUAUUUCAAGUAGCAGCGUUUAUUGAGAAACUACCUCCUUUAUGGAAAGACUUCAAAAAUUAUUUGAAGCACAAACGAAAGAAAAUAAUUCUUGAAAACUUGAUUGUUCGUCUCAGGAUCGUGGAAGACAACAAGGCUGCCGAAAAGAAGGCUAGAGGAAACUCAACAAUUAUGGGAGCAAAUAUUGUUGAGGAUGGUCCAAAUAAAUCAAAAAAGAGGAAGAAACCUUUUUCACCAAAAAACUAUCCUAGCAAAAAGAAGUUCAAAGAAGACUGCCACAACUGUGGAAAAACUGGACAUAAGGCUGUGGAAUGUCGUGCUCCCAAGAAGGAAAAGAAGAAAGGUCAAACCAACAUGGUUGAUACAAACGGGGAUGUUGAAAACUUAUGUGCAAUGAUGACUGAAUGCAACCUGGUAGGAAAUCCCAAAAAGUGGUGGCUUGAUUCAGGAGCUACGUAG